UGGUCUGCUUAAGGAAAUGAUGGAAGUGUUGUGUAUUUAGUCUUUGGAGGAGGCUUUACAUGCCUCAAAAAAAUAGCUGAGGGACUUCUGGCGCACACCCGGUGAGGUGACAUAGCACGGGAGAUCCGGCAUCUAGAAGGACAUGUGAUCUAUGGGGACUGCAUGACCUUUGCCACACUCGACACUAUCAAAUGUUCAAGAGAGCUCUGUCGGACAAAACUUAGCUGGUUCCUAUGAGAAGACAAGCGGCGAGACAACAGCGGAGAUAAUCUUUAUCAAAGAAUCACUGGAGAGCGGAGAAGGAAUUGAAACAAAGAUAAAUAAGUCUCCACUGGCCCAAGUGAGCUGCUACCAAGCCUCCACGUCACUGGGUGGCCAGUCUGAAAAUACACUCAAACACAGCGGCACUGCCUCCAUGGAAACAACUGCGAAUAAACACCAGAGCCUUUCCCAGCAUCACGAUUCUGCUGGACGUGCUGAGGUUAGCUCAGGUUACUCUUCCGAGAAGCCUCCUACGAUGAGUGCCACAUGCUCGGCGCACGUGUCCCCCACGCCGGCUUCAUCCAGAGAGUCCAUCCUGUCAGAAAGCUGGGACAGAGACAAGUACUGGCCCGCCAUGCCGCUUUCCUCUGUCGGUUCUCCUACUUCCCUCAGCCGCACUGUUUCCCCCUGCUCGUCGGUGCGCUCUGGCGUCUUCUCCCCUGCUGUGGUUCAGAUCAGAAAGCAUGCUCUUGCCCCGGGCUCCAGUCUGGUUCACAUCGCUCAGUCCUGUUUCUCUUCCUGCAACAGUCUGGCUUCUUCAAUCUGUCCGCAGUCCCCUUCUUUUCGGCACCGACCUCCCCUCACCAGACUCUCCCUCCUGACAGCCAUCUUGAGGAAAGGCCGUCUCCCUGUUCUGUCUGCUUCCCUCCGGAGGCCCUACACCCCCUGCUGGCCUGUUAACCCGGUGACCCUCACUUUCUGCAAAGCAUGUUCAGCGGCUUCCAGUGUGGCCUCCAUUCCCCUGGAGUUUUCCUCCCCGUUCUCAUCAUCUGCAUCCUUAGAUAGUCAAACCUUUGCACACAGGGAGCCUAUUAGGUCUGUUCCAAGCCACCCAUCUGAGUUGCCUAAUGAGCACAGUAGUCCUCACACUCCAGUUAAAAGGUGCUCAGGGGAGAUUCGCCCAGGAAACGUGCCAAAGUGGGAGCAGGUUAUUUCACCGCCGCGGUUAGAGAGCAGCGUGCUUUCGAGAGACCCACCACUGAGGUUGUGCUCAAAACUCAAAAACGUUCCACUGAGCUACAAAGAAAUAUCACUGCAGCACUCUUAUGUGUUCAAGGGUCCUGAGCAAAAGCCCAGUUUUGCUCACAUGUACCUCAGCAGUAAAGGAGAGUGCAUUGAUCCUCCACUUGUGCAGCAACCGGUGGAGAAAAGCCGACGGUCAAAUUCUUCCCUGUCAAAGCUUCGUGUGCUAUCUGAGCGACUGCGAUCCCCUUCCCCCUGCUCCCCCUUGUCUUCUCCAUCACAUUCCCUCUCAGCCAGCGGCACCACAUCACCAGCUCUCCCUUCUCUCCCCAAAGCACCCAACCUGACACCGUCUCGCUACACACCCGUCUCUUUUUCCGGGUGGCCCUCGCCCAUCGGCUCUCCCACGCCAACGCCCUCUCCCGCCACGCUAUUUCGAGACCUCACACCGUCCCCUUCCUUCUCUCUGCGCUCCACGCCCUCCCCGAGGCCGGGGAGUGGAAUAUCAGACUGCAGUGACAGGGAGGGUAAAAAAAGAAAGCCUUACAAGAUUAAGUCAAGCUACAAAUCACUUGCUGCAAUCCCCACCAACACCCUUCUCUUGGAUCAGCAGAUAAUAGAUGAACAGGUGCAGAGUGAGAACAUCUUGAGAAGAGGAGAUCAGUCUCAUGAAGACACUCAUGCUGAGAUGUGCUCACCCGCUCAGCUCCGGCAGCAGUCGGAGGAAUUGUAUGCGACCAUUGAUGAAGUAUUGGCAGAUUCCAAGCCACAAAACAAAACGGCGACCAAGGUGUUGGUGACAGACGGCAGUUUACGGAACAAAUCUGCCAAAUCGUUGGGACGUGAAACCAAAUAUGCGUCUUUAGGCAGCAUGCAUCCAUCUGGAAGUGUUGAAAAAAGACUAAUGGAUUCUAAAAAGACAAAGCCUGGGAUUGUUCGACCCAUGAUGACCAUUCCAAGAUUGUCAAAGGAAGAUGGAGGAUAUCGACACUGUCCCUUCAGAGAAACAGAUGUCUAUCGCUGCUUAAAAGGGAAUCCCAACCCAUGCAAGGAGGAAAGCGUGGCCCUUGAAGACACGAGGGGAAAUGGUCACACAAGUAGAAUACAUCAAGUACUGCAAAAGGAAAGGACAUUUGAAACAAGUCCAUUCACCGUGUGUGAAUUGCAAAUCAUUGAGCCCGAAGGCCAGCUCAGUCAUUUUGAGGACGAUGCUUCCGCCUCUCUCCGUUCGGAAGCUUAUGGAACUCACAUUUAAGUUAACAAACAUUCAUGACGUGAAUUGGAAGAGAAGACAAGAAAAUACUUUCCCCGUUUUUCAGCCAAGAAGCCUCAUUCUAACCAAACCUGUGCUGCAUUCAUAAAUGAUUUUUAAAAGAGGGGUUGUGAAAAGCAGUUUCUUUAAAUUCCUUGAUAUUGUGCCAGUGGUAUGUCAGUGUCAAAGGGCAAAGGCAAGGAAUGUGUUGGAAAUCACUUAAUUUCCAUGCGCACAACACAGAAAUAGUGAAAUGUCUUCAAUUGUCCAAGUCCAAUGUGGAGGUUUGUUUAAGUCAUUUGCGUAUUGACUUCUUCUACAUCUGUCACCAGUAGUCAAUAGGUAAUUAUUUUCUUGCCUUGCUGCCUGACUAGAGUGUCCCUUCUAACAAAAAGCUUUCAUUUUUGUUGUUAAUGUGGCUCUUGAAACGAUAAAGACAAGUCUCGUUCAGAAAAGCGUAGAAGAACUACUCAUCAGCAGUCCAAUAUGCAAUCCAGUUACAUGUCUUAAAGCUGGAAUUAAUUUAAAUGCAAAAACAAUUGUAUUGUAGGUGAACUUUUUUUUUUUUUAUCUCAAUUUGGCUAACAUAUGAUAACAAUAAAGACUGCCUUUGCAUUGCA